AUGCAGCCCAAACAAGAACAAAAAAGACUCUGUGACUACUGUAAUGGCGCCACAGCUAUCCUAUAUUGCAGAGCUGACUCAGCUAAGCUUUGUCUCUCCUGUGACCAUGAAGUUCACUCAACAAACCAGCUCUUCUCCAAGCACACUCGUUCACUGCUCUGUGAUGCUUGUCACACAUCCCCUGUUUCAAUCUUCUGUGAAACAGAGCACUCUGUUUUUUGCCAAAACUGUGACUGGGAAAGACACAGUCUUUCUUCUUUAUCUUUCGCACAUAAUCGUAGGCCGGUUGAGGGUUUUAGUGGGUGUCCUUCGGGGAAUGAAUUGAUGGCAAUUUUGGGGUUUGAAGAUCUGGGUCUUAAAAAGUCUCUGUUUUUUAGAGAAGAAAGUGAAGGGUCUAUGGGGCCGGGACUUGAUGAUGGUUAUUCAGAUCUGUUUGUUUGGGAUAGCCCGGCUGUUAGCAUUGAUGAUUUGAUAGUUUCCAGUGAUUCGGGUCCAACUUUCCAAGCUUUAGGAGUUCCUCCUUUGCCCAAGGCAAUGAAAAGCCUCAAGAAUCGUAACGCUGCUUGUGGGCAGCACAAGGAAGAAAUACUUUGUCAGCUUCGUGAACUAGUGAGAUUGAAGCCUGACUCGUAUGGAAAUGCAGACAUUUGCCCUGUCAAUGUGUUCCAAUCACUGGAUGUUGAUCUGCAGCCACCGAAUGUAAAUACAGUUGGUGAUCCUGGUGCAUUCGCUGCUCAUGAGGAGAAUCUGCCCAACUGGUUUACUGAUAACGGUGAAGCUGCAAAUGAAGUUUAUUUUCCUUCUACAUUUCCAAGAAGCAACUAUGAGGAAAGCUGUGCAGUUCCUGACAACGAGUUGAAUAUUGGUGGCAGUGCAAGUCACAUAAACGAUGGUCAUGAAGCAGAACCACAACCUUUUACAAUUGGAGUACCAGUUGAUGUUGUAACACAUGAAUUAAACAGCCAGGAGAGAGAUUCUGCUAUCUCACGAUACAAGGAGAAGAAGAAAACAAGGAGUCACCAAGAAAAUGAAAUGGCAUUAGCAUGUUCUCAUUGCAUUGACAUAACUGAGAAAUUAAGAUUGAAAUGA